AAUAAAAAAAUAGUAGUCUAAUAAAUUAAAUUAUAUAAUUUUUUAUAUACUCUUUUUAUUUUUUUUAUUUUUUUACUUAAUCAUAUUAUAUUGUGUUUUUUUUUAUUUUUAUUUUUUAUAUAAAAAUAAUUAGUUUAUUCAUGACAAAUAAAUAGUUUAUAGAUAUAAAUAAUAAUAUAUACAGAAUAUAGUAGAAUUAGUUAUAGCAGUAACGCAUUAAUUAAUAGUAUAGAAAAUAAUAUAUAAAUAAUAAAGAGAAAUGACAAAAGAAUUCGAAUUUGAUAUUUUAAGACAGUCUCAAAAUAGUAGUAACCACCUUAGUAGUAGUGGAGGUGGCGGUGCUGCCUCUGUUGUUUCAAAAAAUAAAACUAUUCUCGAUGAAGGAAGACAUAUAUUUAUAACAAAUCAAACCACUACUGUAAACGAAGAGGUUUCAUUUAAAGAACUAAUUGAAUUUUUAAAAGAGCAAAUGAAUGAUAAUAAUAAAGAUAAAUAUGAAAAUAAAAUUCAUUAUUGGGUAGAUCUACAGGGAAUAGAGAAUGAUGAAAUUUCGGAACUUUGCGAUUUACUUUCCAUCCAUCCUUUAACAAAAAAAGAUAUUAUUAGACAGGAGACAAGAGAGAAGUGUGAGUUCUUUUCAAACCAUAUAUUUUUAGUAGUAAACGAAAUUCAUUAUGCACCAGGUAGUAAUGUUCUUGUAGCUGCAACAUUAAAUCUUUUAUUAUUUUCAAGAAUAGUAUUUACAAUUCAUAACGAAGAACUCCUAUCAACACACCAGGUUAUUAGAAUGUUAAAAUACACACAAAACGGAGGAUUACCAUCAUCAGGUUGGAUCAUUUAUGCUUAUUUAGAUAGUAUUGUCGAUAUUUAUAUAGAUUUAGUCGAUAAAAUUAUGUUGGAGACACAAUCACUGGAUGAAUUGGUAUUGGUAUUAAGUGGUAUUAAGCAGAACGAACUAUUCACUCGUAUAGGUUUAGCAGGUCGUCGUGUUACAAAUUUACAUAGUGGUGUUUUUGGAAAAAGUGAAAUCAUUUCAGUACUCCUAAGGGAUGAAAAACUAAUACCAUCAGAUAUGAUGAGAUAUUUAAAUAAUGUUCAAGACCAUGUACUUAGAAUGCUACAAAAACUGGCUCUUUCCCAACGUUUACUUUCAAAUUUAAAUAAUAUUUAUAUGGCCAGAGUCUCAUUGGAAGUAAGUGAUGCCUCAAAUAGUGUCAAUAGAAAUAUGAGAAAAUUUACCGCCAUUAGUACAGUUUUUAUUCCACUAACUCUUUUAUCUGGUAUUAUGGGUAUGAAUGUACGUUUUCCAGGUAUGGUAGGCUUUCCAGGUGGUGACUCUUAUUACUAUUUUAUAGGUAUCUUAUUAAUAAUGUUGGUUUUCUCUGUUGUUGUAUCUAGUUUAUUCUAUAGGGCAAAAUGGCUAUAAAUAAUAAUAAUAUAGCUAAAAUAAUAAAUUAAAAUAAAUAACAAAAUAAAAAAUAAAAACAAUAAUAUAAAUUAUAUUAUUUUAUAGAAAAAAUAAAAAUAUUGCAUAAUUGUAAAU